AUGGUGUUUCGCACCAUUGCUGAAACCGAGCCAAACACAAACGGUACUAUCAUGGCUUCUUCUACUACUGUGAAACAACACCAGCCACUCCAUAACUUUCCUUUACAAGACCUAAAAUGGUCAAUGAACCAUUCCAAUAACUCUACCAACAACCACCGUUUUCGCAAUAACAAAUCUCCUCACCGCGAUGCUGCUGCUGCGACUUCAGCGGUUGCGGAUUCGGAUGGAGACGGCGGGGUAAAGGUUGUGAAAUUAUCGAAGAAAAAAUCUGAUGAUGUUGAGAGUUCGGAGAAGAAAUCGAAGAUCUUUAUUCGGUUGAGGGCUAACAAAAACAGCAGCAACAAGUGCAUGGUUGAUGAUGUGGCUGCGGAUGCAGGGGAUCAGGACUCUGCUGCCGUAGUGGACGGUGCGGAGGAAUUGAUACCGAAGACAUGGAAUCUGAGGCCGAGGAGAGCUGUUAAUAAUAAUAAUAAUAAGGGCUUGAAUGGGAAUGGAGGUGCUUUGAAGAAUGGUGGAGGUGCGGUGCAGGAGAUCCAACCUCAGGUGCCGGGCAGUAAUCGGGAUGAAUUGACUCGGUCCAAACGGAAUGAUAGUGUUGCUAAUAAUGAUGCUAAUGAUGUUAAUAAUAAUAAAAAGAAGAAGAAGGAGAAAGAGAAGGAAAAGGGCAAGAAGGUGAGGUUUUCGAUUCCUCUCACUAAAGAGGAAAUUGAAGAGGAUGUUUAUUCUUUGACUGGGUCAAAGCCGGCGAGAAGGCCUAAGAAGAGAGCAAAGCAUGAGCAGAAACUACUUGAUUGCCUGUUUCCUGGUAUGUGGCUGGAUUCAAUCACCCCAGAUUGUUAUAAGGUUCACGAAGCUCCUUCGAAGUCAAUAUGGGUUUGGUUCUUAUCAAAUGUGGAAAAUGAGGAGGAAAAAAAUGAUGAAGAAGAGGUGCUUUUUGAGGAUGUAGUUCUCCUGCCCUGCAGGGUUAAAGAAUCGACUGAGAAGUUGGAGGCUGUGACUGUCAGACUUUUUCUCAUCAGCUGA